AUGCAUGGGCUAUUUUGUAGUGCCGAUGACUUUGUGACGUCUGGUGUCAACGCUGGAUUAGCGUACCAAUUAGCACAAAAGGGAUACGACGUGUGGAUGGGCAAUGCCCGAGGUAAUAAACACUCCCGGUCUAACAUAUAUACUAGUCCAUCUGAGAAACAAUUUUGGGACUUCAGUUUUCAUGAAAUAGGAUUCAUAGAUCUACCUACUAUGAUUGAUUUUGUUCUUGAAAAAACCCAAAGAAAAACGUUGACAUACAUUGGACACUCUCAAGGAACUACGGCUUUCUAUGUUAUGUGUUCGUUGCGCCCUGAAUAUAACGAAAAAGUUAACCUUAUGAUGUCACUAUCGGCUGUUGCCUGGUUGUCUCACAUAAGAUCUCCUUUACGGUAUACAGCACCGAUACUUGAGGCCUUGCAAGCACUUUUAAAUGUAUUGGGCAUAUACGAGUUAUUACCGGACUCUCAUCAAAUAAAACUAUAUCAAAAGGCUUUUUGUAACAAUAACUUAGGCGCCUUUAUUUUUUGUCAACAAUUAGCGUUUAUUAUUGGUGGCUACAACAUUGAACAAACUAAUUUUGAACAUUUAUCAGUUAUUUAUAAUCACUUUCCUGCUGGGUCAUCUGUUAAACAAUUCGUUCAUUACGGCCAACUGGUAAAAUCUGGUUAUUUCCAGCAAUACGAUUACAAACUCUUAAAUUUACAAAAAUAUGGUACGCAUACCCCACCAUCUUAUCCUGUAGAAAAGAUAACGGCGCCGAUUGCUAUAUUUUAUGGAAAAGAGGAUUUGCUUUCAGAAUUAGCUGAUGUCAAAAUGUUGACUUCUAAACUGCCUAAUUUAAUUGAACUGUACACAGUUGAAGAUCCUAAUUUUAGCCACUUCGAUUUUAUAUAUGCAAGAGAUAAAGGCAUUCUACUGUUUCCAAAAAUCAUGUCAUUAAUGGGGAACUAUACAAAAUAA